CGGAUGCCUCCCUUUCUGGAGCUUGCGGUGCCAGCAGCAGAAGAAAACGAUGGUGGCGAUGGUCCCCAGCAGAAGCAACAAGAGGAAGAGAGCACACUGGAUGCUGUAGGGUCUCAGCAACACGAGGAAAGCCGCGGCGAUCAUGGAGAAGCAUUAGCUGCUUGCAGAAGAGCAUCACCUACAUGGGAGCCUCUGCCUUCUACGGUUUCAGAACGCUUUUGCUGACGAAUUGAGAAAAUGCAGAAGAUCUUGCAGACAGAUGAAAUUACCGAUAACCAAGUUCUUAGGAAGAGAAAGAGGAAACGGACAGAGACGGUGAACUCAGAAAAUGCAAAUAGUGCUGUGGAUAAAGCACAGAGAGACCCAUAUUCAGGAAAUGCCUUCCUGCCUGGUGAGAGCUCCAGUGACGAUGAAACUCCUUUAGCAGAACUGUCCAAGGAGGAACUUUGCACCAAAAUCAAAAACCUGAAAGAAAAACUAACCAACAUCCGGAAAGAGAACAGCCGGCUUCGGCAGUCAUUGGUCAUGCUACAAGUAUUGCCACAGGCGGUCACCCAGUUUGAAGAACUGGUUGGAAUGGCAGAAUCCCUGCUUAAGGGUGGAGGAGCCGCGUCCAUACCUGCAUCUACUCUCUGGAGAGCAACGAACAACUCCUCCCCAGACUCGUUUGCCUCUCUGUGCAGUAGUUCCAACUCUAGUUCCAGUUCCCCAAGUUCCCUGAAGGCUGAGGAAGAGCAGCCCCCCGGUGAGAAACAGUUCAAGAUUGAAAGAUGGCAGAUUGCCCGUUGUAAUAAGAGCAAGCCUCAGAAAUUUAUUAAUGAUUUAAUGCAAGUACUUUACACGAAUGAAUACAUGGCCACACACAGUCUGACUGGGGCAAAAUCUUCUACUUCAAGAGACAAAGUUGUAAAACCAGCCAUGAAUCAGAAUGAAGUUCAAGAAAUCAUAGGAAUAACCAAACAGGUGUUUCCCAGCGCGGACGAUAUUUCAAUCAGGAGGAUGAUAGGGCAAAAGCUGAAUAACUGCACCAAGAAGCCAACUGUGAGCAAAACUCAGGGUAUUAAGUAGCUCCCAA